AGUAUAGUGAAGAGAUUAAACAAUUAAGGGAAUAUGAAGAGGAACAGAAGCUUCUGUCAACUAUUUUUGCUCUCCUUUUUGGUGAUUGUGAUGACUAUUAUCACCUUCUCUGUAAUCUCAGUAGAAGCAAGGAAGAACAAUCAUCGCCAAAACAUGAUUAACAAAAGACUCCCCAAACGUCACACAAGAGGGAGAGCCACAUCACCAUCGCCAUCUCCGCCAAUGUCCACCAACACUUUUGACAUUAUGUCCUUUGGCGCAAAGGGCAAUGGAAUUUCUGAUGAUUCACAGGCACUUGUAGUUGCAUGGAGAAGUGCAUGCAAAGUUGGUGGUGCUACAGUUUUAGUUUCAUCUAAACUCAAAUUCCUUCUCAAACCCCUCACUUUACAAGGCCCUUGUAUGCCAGAUCUCACUCUUCAGAUUGAUGGAACUCUAGUGGCUCCAGAAGAGGCAUCUUCAUGGCCAAAAUCAAGUUUAUAUCAGUGGAUAAAUUUCAAAUGGCUACAGAACUUCACACUCAAAGGCUCUGGAACUCUUGAUGGCCAAGGCUCUAAUUGGUGGACUACUUCCUCCUCUUCAGAACCUUAUAAUUAUGAGCCCCGGAAGAGCUACUCUAAACACAUUCCAUACAUGAAACCAACUGCUGUGAGAUUCUAUUCUAGCAACCAUAUAACAGUUCGUGACAUCAGAAUCAUAAACAGUCCCUUGUGCCAUCUAAAAUUUGAUAACUCAAAGGGGAUUCAAGUUACCAACAUUACAAUUUCUUCCCCACAGAAUAGCCCUAACACUGAUGGAAUUCACUUGCAGAACACACACGAUGUGCAAAUUCAGCACUCUGAUAUUCAAACUGGAGAUGACUGUGUAUCCAUCCAAACCGGUUGCUCUAAGGUUCAUGUCCACCAUAUUAUGUGUGGCCCCGGCCAUGGUAUAAGUUUAGGAGGAUUAGGGAAAGACAAAAGCGUGGCAUGUGUAUCUGACAUCAUAGUUGAGGAUAUCUCAAUGAAAAAUACUCUAUAUGGAGCAAGGAUCAAAACAUGGCAGGGUGGGAAUGGUAUGGUUAAAAAUGUGAGAUUCUCAAGAAUCCAAGUGUAUGAUGUUAUGUAUCCAAUAAUGAUAGACCAAUACUAUUGUGACAAGCAUGCGUGUAAGAACGAAACAGAAGCAGUGGUGAUUUCAGGUGUUAAGUUCAACCAAAUAAGUGGGACUUAUGGGGUGCAACCUAUCCAUCUAGCGUGCAGCAACUCCUUACCAUGCACCGACGUUGAUUUAAUUGACAUUCAACUUAGACCCUCUAUUAAGUACCAAGGUUUAUUACAGCAAGCUGUGUGUUGGAACUCUUAUGGAACUUCUCAAGGACCUUUGCUACCUUCAAGCAUUGAUUAUUGCUUAAGAAGUGGUGGUGGAUCAAUCAAGAGGAUAGCAAGGUCACAUGAUACUUUAUGUUACUAAUUAAAGAUUAUUUUAGCUUUCAUUCCCUCCUACAAAUAAUUUUUAACUGUGUGGGAAGGUGCAUGGUGUUGAUGUAAUUAGUUUGUUUUAAUUGACAGUGCA